AUGGGUUUUAUUAGCUUGAUUUGUUUGUUCUAUGUUGGUGGGAAAGAAGGCUGGGUUUUGCACCCAAAAGAGAAGUACAAUGAGUGGGCUGGUAAACGGAGGUUCCGAGUCAAUGAUUCACUGAUUUUCAAAUAUGAGAAAGGAGCAGACUCUGUUUUGUUGGUGAAGAAAGAUGAAUACUACAAGUGUGAAAGAAAUCAUCCUUUGAUGGAAAUGAGCAAUGGAAGUUCUAAGUUUAAGUUUGCUCAUUCGAGUCCCUUUUUCUUUAUUAGUGGGAAAGAGGGUCAUUGUUCAAAGGGUCAAAAAAUAAUCAUUGCUGUCAUGACUGUGAGUCACGGGACUCUAUCGGCUCACUCGCCCGGGCACCAUGGCCCAUCCCCUUCACCGACUCACUCUUCCGGGCACCAUGGCUCAGCUCAUUCCCCGACUCACUCUCCCGGGCACCUUGGUUUAUCUCCUUCUCCAAGUCAUUCUCCCGGACACCAUGGCUCAUCCCCUUCACCGACUCACUCUCUCGGGCACCAUGGCUCAUCCCCUUCACCGACUCACUCUCUCGGGCACCAUGGCACCAUGGCUUUCCCCGAGUCACUCCCCUGGGCACCAUGGCUUUCCGCGAGUCACUCUCCCGGGCACCAUGGCUCAUCUCCUUCCCCGAGUCAUUCUCCCAUGAAUCAUGGCUCGUCCCCUUCACCGACUCACUCUCUCGGGAACCAUGACUCAACUUCUUCCCCGAGUCACUCUCCCGGGAACCAUGGCCAUGUUGCCAAGCCACCUACAUGUUCAACUAUAGGUCCAACACAUUCUCCUGAUCACCAUGGCCCUAUUUCAAGUCCUCCAUCUUUGGUUCCAAAUGGCUCACCCAUGGCUCAUGGUCCGACUCAUUCACUGGCGUCAUCUACUCAUCAUACUCCACAGUACGAUCCUCUGCAGUCUCCGGUGGCUCAUGGCCCUACAACAUCUCCUUCACCACAAGCGUCAACUCCCUCUAGUUCUUCACCAAAAUUGUCUACCGAUUUAAGUCCAUCGGCACCGUCUACCAGUUCAAGUCUUCCACCAACACCUCCGCAGGGUGUAUCUCAUUCUCUCAUUGCUUCUUCGUCGUCCGGUUCUCAUGCUCCGUCUGGAAGUCAAACCAUUUCUCAGAGCAACCAUUCAUCUCCUGUGCCAUCGAGUUCAUUUGCUAUAGUGACGUAUUCGAGUGUAGUGGUGCUUGUUGCUAGCGUUUUGUUUAGUAUGAUCGUUGUCUGUCUUGAAGGUGGGUUUUAG